AGGUUGCGAGUGGUAGAGGGGAGUGAGGGUGGCAAGGCGAGAACUGUCGCUAAUCUCUUCUAUCCCUAAGAGGUUUUUCUUUCUUAUUUCCACCUUUCCCCACCCCCUCAGCCUCCGGAGAGUGCACAAGACUUUCUGGAACCCAAUAAUCCUUUCCCUUUAGGAACAUGUAUAAUCUAUCUUCCAGUUCUGGACCAGGGAACUCGUCCUGCCCGAACCCAGAGGUGGGCUGCUCCCAGGAGCUGGCAGAGGAAGAUGCGGGAGAGCCCGGGGGUCACAACGCCUCCAGCCGUGAGCUGCUCCUGCAGCCCCUGUAUAUAGCUGUACCGGUCAUCUACUCCGUGAUCUGCGCAGUGGGGCUGGCCGGCAACACAGCGGUGCUCUAUGUCCUACUCCGGGCGCCCAGGAUGAAGACAGUCACCAACUUGUUCAUCCUGAACUUAGCCAUUGCGGAUGAGCUCUUUACUCUGGUGCUGCCUAUCAACAUUGCUGACUACCUUCUACUGCAGUGGCCCUUCGGGGAGUUGAUGUGCAAACUCAUCAUCUCCAUUGACCAAUACAACACCUUUUCCAGCCUAUACUUCCUCACAGUUAUGAGCAUCGACCGCUACCUGGUAGUGUUGGCCACUGUUGAGUCCCGCAAGAUGGCCUACCGCACCUACCGGGCGGCCAAGGUAGUCAGUUUGGCAGUCUGGUUACUGGUCACUCUUAUCGUCCUGCCCUUUACAAUCUUCGCCCAACUCUACGAGGAGGAGGGUCGCUUCCAGUGCGUCCUGGUGUUUCCCCAGCCAGAGAGCUUUUGGUGGAAGGUGAGCCGCAUCUACACACUCAUCCUGGGCUUCGCCAUCCCUGUGUCCACCAUCUGUAUCCUCUACACCAUCAUGCUGUGUCGGUUGCGGGCCAUGCAGCUGGACAGCAAUGCCAAAGCCCUGGAUCGAGCCAAAAAGCGGGUGACUCUCAUGGUUCUGGUCAUCCUGGCUGUGUGCCUCUUCUGCUGGACGCCUUAUCACCUUAGCACCGUGGUCGCCCUCACCACAGAUAUCCCGCAAACUCCAGUCAUCAUCGGAGUCUCCUACUUCAUCACAAGCCUGAGCUAUGCUAAUAGCUGCCUCAACCCUUUCCUCUAUGCUUUUCUCGAUGACAACUUUCGGAGAAGUUUCCGUAAGCUGGUGGAGUGUCGGGCCUCUCCUUGAAGUCUGGGGUUCCUCUGGGAAUCAUCUCUUUCAU